GGAGGAUCAGGAGCAGGCUGGUGGAGGAUCAGGAGGACCAGGAGCAGGUUAUUGGAGGAUCAGGAGCAGGUUGGUGGAGAAUGGCCAGUCUGGGGCUCCAGAGAGGUCUCUUCUGGUUCCUGCUGUUGGGUUCAGUGGACAUCUGCAGGUCAAUGGAGAGGCUCCAAUCUGCUUCAAUCUCCUCCACCCGACAAUUCCAGGGUCUCCGGGAGCCCAGCUUCACCAGGCUGAAGAGGAAGAACCUGGCUGUGGACUUUGUCCUCCCUGCAGCCUUCAGGAACUCCUUGAGGGACCUUCUGGGUCUCUUCCCCGCCGGGACUGCCAGCAGCACCAACUUCCAGGCGAGCUCCAGCCUGGUCCUGGACUGCGGACCUCUGCUGGAGUCCCUGAUCCCUGAGCGAUCUUCUGCUGGUGCUCCUCAUCCCUAUGGAGCGGGGAAGAAGGAGCCGCUGUGGUCCCAGUCGGCGCCGCUCUCCAAGGUGCUGAAAGCUGGGACUCUGAAGACUCUCCGCAGGUCCAAGCAGCUGCUGGUGGAGGUUGGGGACUACCUGGUCAGGGAAGGCUGUGGGGUAGAUUGGGAGAGCCUGAGGAGCGAUGAGGCGGAACAACGUGUGGAGCUACCAACUUCUGUCCUGAAGAGGAGGCUGGAGUUCAACAUGACCGAGCUGUUCAGCUGGUGGCUGGAGACCAAGGAGGGGAGGCUGAGGAUCAGACUGAUGCCACAGAGGUCUUCCGCUUAUCCUGGAAUGGAAGAUACCUUGUCAGCUGCCUUGGGAGCGUCCCAGCCCAGACUAAUGUUCCAGAUCCUGAGGAAGGGUUUCCAUUAUGUGAAGAGCUCGUCCAGCAAUCCUCUGAACUUCUACACCUGGAAUAUAUCGUGGAUUAUGAGGGAAGUGUUUUCAUACACCGGCCCCAGACCCAAACAUGAUUUUGAUUGCAAUUUCGAGUCGCACUGCAGUAUGGAAUAUUCCUCUGCCCAAAAUAACAACAACACAUGGAGAGUCACCAGCGCGGAGGAGUUACAGAGACACUGGACUGGGAACGGCCCCAAAGAAGAUUAUUCUGAAAACUCGUCAACAGUCCCUUGA